GAGGGAGCUCUCCGCACCAGUCCUUCUCUGACUCCCGCACUCUCCUCUGUCACCGACUCGCAGGGGAAACUCGCACUUUUAUACCCAGGCUAAAUUUAGGGGGCCGGGUCGGUGCGCGGCGUCCCCAUCCUGGACGCGCUUCCUUCCUUUGCAUUGGUCUGCUCUGCGCGGAGAACAAUAUUUAUAAGAACUCGAGCGAGGAGCUGCAGUUCAUCGGACGACAGGAGAAGCGACGCGACCUGUAGCUUGUUCUGGAGACUCUGGAAACAGAAAAAAAAAGUUUCUUCUCGACAUUUAGAGGGAUUUUUUUUUAUACUUUUGUGUUUAACGAGGCUUGGAAAUGGCCUUAAGUGGGACCAUUUUACCCUCCAUCUCUACAUUCGCCAACCAAAGGGAGAAAUGCUGGGAAGAUAGGUGGAGGGGCAACAUGAGCAGCGUUGCGCCUGACUUGGACAGCAUCUACCAGGGCAGAAAGGACGAAGAGGACCUGGAUAAGUUCUUGGACCUCGAGUUUAUUCUCGCAAACACAACGAGCUCGGACGGGACGUCCAGCGCCGGGACGGGGGUUGAGUCGUACCGGCUCCAGGAGGCCGGGGCGUCCGUGUAUCACCAGCAGCAGCAGCAGCACACUGGUAUGUCCCAGACGCAGGCGAAUUACACCUCUGUGGCUGACAUGAACUGCCCCCCUCCGCCCUACAACAGUCUGAUGGCGGAGCUCCUUCGCUCCGACGUGGAUACGAGCUUCCUACCCGGGAACAGCCCCAGCUUCCAGGGCAGAUUCCUGAUCAGCUCCACGCCUUUCCACGCCACUCAGGAUUUAUUCCCCGACCUUUCGAGCAUUAAAGUGGAGCCAGCCUCAAUGGACACGUACGGCCCUGCCAUGGGUCUAGUGCCCCAGAGCUGCACCAAAAUCAAGCAGGAGGGCAGCGUGUCCUGCAUGAUGUCCUACGACCAGCAGCCGCGGUUGGCCAACUCCCCCCAGGCCGCGGUCGGCAGCAUGACCCCCCCGCUCAGCCCGGACGACCUGAGGAGCUCCGAGUGCCACCAGCCCCAGAUGUGCAACUCCACCUCGCUGACGUUCCCGCAGGGCUUCCACUCGCACCACUGCAGCGCGCCCGGGGGAUUCCCUCACCCGCACAGCGGCAUGCAGCUCCCGUUCACAGGCGCGCACCAUCACGCGUUCCCCGGCAUGUUCGGAAAGGACGCGGCCAUGGGCAUGCAGCAGCAGCAGCAGCAGCAGCCAGCGGCGGCGGCCGGGCAGCGGGUGCUGCUCACCCCGCCGUCCUCCCCGUUGGAAAUGAUGGACACCAAGCCGAAGAGGGGCCGUCGGUCCUGGCCGAGGAAACGCACCGCGACGCACACCUGCACUUUCGCCGGCUGUGGGAAAACGUACACCAAGAGCUCCCACCUGAAGGCUCACCUCAGGACGCACACAGGAGAGAAACCAUACCACUGCAGCUGGGAGGGCUGCGGCUGGAAGUUCGCUCGCUCCGACGAGCUCACACGUCACUUCCGGAAGCACACCGGCCACCGGCCGUUCCAGUGUCACCUGUGUGAACGGGCGUUCUCCCGGUCCGAUCACCUCGCCCUCCACAUGAAGAGGCACAUGUGAGGAAUGUCCCGAAGCACCAGGACUUCCAUGCAUUAACCCCACGAAAAGAACUAUAAUAAUCCAACGAUGAGCUAUAGAACAAAGCUAUGCAAACAUAUAGACGCGAGUUCCUACAGGAGAAUGAACUGCAGUGGCACCGUGGCAGGAUGAACAGCCAUACAGUAUAAUGAGGCCCCCAGCCUGUGGACCACACUGUAAUGCCUACAGGUAUAUUUAUAGGAAUAUUAUGGUGAUUUUUCAUUGGGACAAAAGGAGCAUCCAGACGAAAUGCCUUCAAUCUAUAUUUGUAAUAAAGAAACAUCUAUUUAAAUGUUCUUUUUGAGAGACAUGACACAUCACAAAACAAUGAGCAGAUUUAGCCAGAUAUGACAGAAACAGAAGAAUACUGUUCAGACUUUAUUUUUUGGACUAUGUAGCUGGUACUACAUUUUUAUAUGGAUGGUAGUUUGAAUAGACAAACUAAAGGAACAUUCCACUCAACAUGUCCGGCACAUGCAACCGAAGCAACUGGAAGCAGACAUUCCUUUGAAGAGCAAUCAUCUUUUUUAGUAAUUUCACAAUUAGUGCCUUCUAUUAAACAUUAUUACACAUUUUUACGAGUGCCAUAUCCUUCACUGGCUAAAAGACUAUCAAAGUUUUAUUCUGUGUUCUAUUGUAAGUGUAAAGGUGCACGUGAAAUAAGCUUUGAGACAAUGUUUUGUUCUAAAACUGCCUUUCAUUCUGUCCUCCUCGAAGGCUUGAAUUGAAUGUCUUGUCUGUCGUCGUCCGUUUGAAGUCAGGGUCUAAGACAGUGGGAAGUGCAUGCCAUCUUGACGCCACCUAAUUGACAAAGGGCUACACACGUCUUUGGUAAUAAGACUUGUUUGUUUGUGUCUUGAAGAAAUGUACUGCCUUGUACAUAGAACUUUUUAUAUAAUGUAAAUAGUUUAUUUUAAUGUACAUAUUAAACUAAAUGAACAACAUGA